AUGGGUGGAAAGGGCAAGAAGAAGAAGGGAGCGAAGGACGCGGCCGGUGGCGGUAGUGCGGGUGGUGGAGCUGCUGGUGCCGGUGGUGGGGGAGCUGGCACUCCGGCGAAGGAUAAGCCGGAGGCGGAAGAGGGCGAUGAGGAGGAUGGAGAGGCGAAACCGAAGAAGGGCAAGGGCAAGAAGGGUAAGGGAAAGGGUGGCAAAUCGUCCAAGUUCCAAGGUGACAUCUUCAACGAGGCGGCGAUGGAGAAUGCGUACUACAUCUGUCACAACAUCCAGGAUGUGUUGAAGUCUCGUGGAUUUGCCUGGCCUGAGGGGCAGAAGAAGAAGAAAAAGGGCAAGAAGUAG